AUGUCUCAUCUUUCUGAACCAGGUUCUUUGGGCAACUUGACUGUUGAAGAGGAACGCAAGCUUCAAGAGGCAUGGGUGCACUUACUCCGACUGUGCGGGACUCGGAGCAUCAGUCAUGGAGCGCCAGACAAAAGUCAAGAGUUUCUUCAAAACCUUGACAGCAAGUCUCCUGAGAACUUCAAGCAAGGCUUAUGGGACACAAUUCUUGCAGACCAUCCUGAUGCAACCGUUCUUCGCUUUCUUCGAGCCCGCAACUGGGAUGUCGCCGAAGCCGUUAGGAUGCUUGCAUCUGCAGUCAACUGGCGCAUCGAACGACGAAUCAACACCAACCUUAACAGAGAAGGAGAAAGUGUCGGGCUGAAGAAGACGCCGACCGCGGAUGAAGAAGCAUUCAUCAGGCAGUACCGUUCUGGAAAGAGCUAUGUCAGAGGGACUGACAAAGAUGACCGUCCUGUCUACAUCAUCAAGGUUCGCCUUCAUGAUCCUAGCAAGCAGUCAGCUGCCGCCAUGGAGACAUACGUCCUGCACAAUAUUGAGAUGCUCAGGGUCAUGUCGAGAGAGGCUCACGAUAAGGUGUGUCUUAUUUUUGAUCUGACUGGCUUUGGCUUGCGAAACAUGGACUUCCAUGUUGUCAAGUUUCUCAUUCAGACCCUGGAGGCUCGAUAUCCAGAAACUCUUGGGGUAGUCCUUGUUCACAACGCCCCAUUCGUGUUUUGGGGUAUUUGGAAUGUCAUCAAACAUUGGCUUCCCCCCAUAAUUGCCUCAAAGAUUCAUUUCACAAGUGGCAACAAAAGCUUAGCCAACUUCAUCUCUAUGGCCAACCUGCAGACAUGCUACGGCGGUGACGACGCUUGGGAGUACAAGUUCGUUGAUCCAGUGCCAGGUGAGAAUGAAAGGAUGCAGUCAGAGGAGGAGAAAUUCAAAACUCAAACAGAACGAGACCAACUGGUGAACCAGUUCCAUCGAUUGACGGCGGAGUGGGUGUCUCUGGAACCAGAGUCCGACCUGGGCAAGGCAAAGAGUGCCGAGAGAGACGGGUCAGUGAAGCAGCUUAAGUUGAACUUCUGGAAGCUGGAUCAGUACAUUAGGGCGACAACAUACUACCAUCGCGUCGGUGUGAUCAACAGACACGGUGAGGUUGAUUUCAAAGCUGCAACUUAA